AUGAAUAUUGCAUUUGUUUUGCUGUCGUUUCUUCUGGCUUCACAAGUAGAAUGCCAAGGUUUGUUGUUAAAACCACAUUUAAUGGUGAAGGUUUAGAGUAUUUUUAACCUCUUCUACUAAUUUAAACACGUAAUUUAAUGUUUCAGGAGAAAGCACAACAAAGGCAAAACGACUUGCAGUCGCAGAGGAAACUUUUGACGACAACGAGAGCUUUGAAGAGGUAGUGUGUUCACGUUCCCUUGGGCGCUCAUAUAUCUCUUCCAUACAUAAAAGUACCUUUGACUAUAUUCGUUAUUUUUCACGUUUUUGCGGCUAAUCACACGUCUCUGUUAACACUCACCCAAUUCCUCACCCCUACUCAAAGUUGUUCCUUCAAGUUUUGACCAUGGUCUCGUAUUUCUGGCAGCCUUUACAAAGCGAGGAGGGGUCGGGGCAUUAGCAAGUACAAAAUAAGGCAAAGUUUCUCAAGUGUUUUUGCAACAGGUUGCAUCCCCUCCUAAGGGGGGUCGGCUGGUUAUUUAAGAUAUACCAAGAAACGUACGUUCUGUUAAUGUCAACUCCCGUCAUUUACUCCCGCUAUUUUCCAAAAAGGUUAUUUAAUAUUUCAUUAAUGAUGAUCCUGUUUUAUUUUGAUGCGACUAAACUUCCAACUAGACAGUAGAAUCUGACAGCAGCAGUGUUAGUGAUGACGAUUUCCAGGACGAACUUGAAAGCGGAAACUUCAGCAAGCCAGUUGUGAUAAAGGUGAUAUAUUUGUUAUAUCAAAUAUCAUUUUUUGACCGUUGACGGUGAAAUUUUAGACCGUUUGACAGCUGAUGGUUAACCCCAUUGAGAACCUUUAGUAAGGAAGCCAAUCAAAUAAUUGUAGUGAUUGGUGUCACCUAAUUUUCAGCUGUACAAUGAUUUCAAUACUUUUUGGCUCCGUUCUUAGGAAAAACCGGGGACAAAGCCAGAGGCAAAGCCAGACUCGGAGGGUGAUAACGCUGAUGAGAAAAGCGAAGGCGAAGCAGCCAAAACAUAUGAUAAGGGAGACACCGAAUUAAUAAGAACCGAAGGCAAACCAGGAUGGAUGGAGAAAGUUUUGAAAAAGGUUUGGAAAUAUUUUGCCAUUCGUAGUAGCUACGAAAACACCCAGUGAGAGAGGUUGCUACAUGCCAUAUGAGAUAGACAACCUAUGCAAUUACAUGUGCUCUGAAUAUUUUCAUUUCUAAUAGUUCAUUGGCUUGUAAAAAAACUAAAUGAGACUCAAAUGGCUGAUCUUAUAGCAAAUACUUGACAAUUCCUCUCUCAUUUAUGAAAUACACAACGCUAACUUUAUAUUCAACUCAAAUUUGUAAAGAAUUAUUUCACAUAGUUAGUAGGAACCUUUGGAAAGAACCAAUUGCGCCUACAUAUCUAAUUAAUGAAAAGAAAAACUUCUCUUACCACAUUUAUUAAAUUGACAUAUCCCUUGACAUAUUUCCCUGAUUUUUUUUUUUUUUUUAGGCAAAAGCUAUAUUGAAAAAAAAGGAAAGUGAUUCAAUGGACGGAGAAGAACACACGUCGGGAAGCCCGACAGACACACAGUUGGACGAGAGUAUGGCUGCACUGUAAAAACUUUCUUAUACUUUAAGAGGAUCUAGAUGGGAUUCGAACUGACAACUAACAAAUGGCCUAAGAUUUAACUGACAACUGACACAUGACCCUUUCCCCACCCACCCUCCCCACCCCAUCCACACUCUUCUUUAAGGUCUUGAUGUCACACUCUAUGAGGACGGUCUUGAACAUGCCAAAUUCCAAGAAUUUUAUUUGAAAUUUUAUAUCACAAUUGCAAAACUCGAUGCCACUUAUUAGUGGUAGACAUAUAGUAGACACCUGAGUAGGUGUCCUUAAUUAUGAUUAAACCAGAGUUCGUGAUAUAUAUUGGUGACAGUUUAUUUUCGUCGAAGUUUCGUUGGUGUUCGCAUUAUCGGGAUGUCGGCGAUGCGAUAGUCAACUAUGAGUAUCCGCGAAGUGCUUGUUAAGUGCUUUGUCCCUCUUUUUCUUUUUCGUUCAAUGCUCUCUAUCACGUGUUUUUCAGGACUGUCUGUUUGUAUCCCUCACUCCCAUUUUGAUCUCUCAAAUCACCAAAAGAUUCUUACAGUUACUUAUCUUAACCAUUAUGACCACUACAGCUAUUUUCUGUUACUGCCCUCUAGUUCCAAGUGGCCCUUUCGAAAAACUGAAAAAUGCCUUUGGGACAUUAGGAUCAAAAGCCACUGGCGCCAAGAAAGGUCUGACUGAGUUAAAGGGAAAAUGGAAUACGCUUUCGUUCGGAGACAGAGCGACUAUGACGCAGACCCUUCAAUCCGCUGCCUCAAACAUUGACAAGUUUGCUAAAGCAGGAGACGAUCCCAUAGGUGCAGUACAGGGAGCACUCAAUAUGGUCGGACAGUUUGCAGCACUUGCUGGUCCCACUGGACAAAUUGUUGCCGUAGCUUUGAGCUUCGUCUCUGGGUUUCUGAGUCUUUUUGGAAUAGGAGGAAAGAAAAAGAAAUCUCUCGGGCAAAUCGUAAGAGAAGAAAUAGACGAAGCAUUGGCUCAGUUUUACGAGCAGGACCUCAGUAAUCAGGCUCGAGGUAUCGCUCAAACAUUCGACGUUUCGAAGGCAUACGUGGAUAGGCUUGCUCAGUUAGGCAAUAAGCUAACCGAAGCCCAAGCAGCGUCACUUGAGAGGAACGUGCCACUGUAUCUUGGCCUUAAAUUUAUGGGAACAUUGUCAAGUGAGAUAGACCGACUUCUUAGGGCCAAUAAGAGAAACGAGGCAAAAAAGACAUUGAGAUACAUCGAGCUGUAUGCAAAGAUGGCGGUUCUGAAGGACGUGAUUAUGCAGGAGGUGGCCACUUUGUUGCCAGACGAGCUUGAACCCAACCGACAAUCCUUGCUUGCCGCUCAUAUCGAUCUACGCAAUCAGCAAAAGAAUCUCAUUCAAUUUCUUCGUGCUGGUCGUUUCGAUAAGAGUCAUAAUAAGAUGGCGGUGAAUUACUUUGACCCAGAUGUGAACCCAGUAACAGAUGCCUAUAUGACCGCUGUGUUGAAAAUACCAGAUUACGANUAUGGUCGGACAGUUUGCAGCACUUGCUGGUCCCACUGGACAAAUUGUUGCCGUAGCUUUGAGCUUCGUCUCUGGGUUUCUGAGUCUUUUUGGAAUAGGAGGAAAGAAAAAGAAAUCUCUCGGGCAAAUCGUAAGAGAAGAAAUAGACGAAGCAUUGGCUCAGUUUUACGAGCAGGACCUCAGUAAUCAGGCUCGAGGUAUCGCUCAAACAUUCGACGUUUCGAAGGCAUACGUGGAUAGGCUUGCUCAGUUAGGCAAUAAGCUAACCGAAGCCCAAGCAGCGUCACUUGAGAGGAACGUGCCACUGUAUCUUGGCCUUAAAUUUAUGGGAACAUUGUCAAGUGAGAUAGACCGACUUCUUAGGGCCAAUAAGAGAAACGAGGCAAAAAAGACAUUGAGAUACAUCGAGCUGUAUGCAAAGAUGGCGGUUCUGAAGGACGUGAUUAUGCAGGAGGUGGCCACUUUGUUGCCAGACGAGCUUGAACCCAACCGACAAUCCUUGCUUGCCGCUCAUAUCGAUCUACGCAAUCAGCAAAAGAAUCUCAUUCAAUUUCUUCGUGCUGGUCGUUUCGAUAAGAGUCAUAAUAAGAUGGCGGUGAAUUACUUUGACCCAGAUGUGAACCCAGUAACAGAUGCCUAUAUGACCGCUGUGUUGAAAAUACCAGAUUACGAUCGUUCCAUGGCAGGAAUAUGGUGUCUAACGCCAGUCAUUUAUGGUAAAAGGGAGUUGCCGAUCACUUGGCUUAGAAGUCAUGGCAGGUUAAUGGUGGAAAAUCAUCCUUACAUCAGUCCCUAUAAUGAAGGCUGCUUUUGGAAACUCAUCCCCCAUGGUAACCACCUCUAUACAGUUGUCAACACCUACGGAGGUCGUAAGCACGACCACUAUGGUCAGUACCUGUCGUUUGACACAUUAUCCAGGGGCAGAAGCAGGCUGACAGUUGAGGGCGACGCAGAUCUUUGGGAAAUCUACGGCAAUCAUCAAAAGAGGUAACUAAGUCCGGGAAAUUUUCACAAGCAUCUCUCUCUCCCGUCCUCACAAACACAAAUAUAAAUCAGUUACAAUCACGCCGCUUUUUUUUAUUCACCUAUAUUUAGAUCACAUUCGGUGAUCUUCUUCAGGGUGACUUACUUGCUGUUAACGUAUCUGAAACGUACAUCACUUUUUAAAUUGCUAAAUUUCCAAGGCAAGGCACGAGUAACACAACUAAAAUGACUGCUAUUUUAAACAGCUUAACGAAAAUGUUGCGUCAUCCCUUGCGCACGCCCACACCGGUCUUUCUGUUCUGGCCAUAAAAACCAUCAUCUUCACGAAGUCCCGAGGCCUGGCGAGCGUUCUUAAUUUAUACAUCCGUUGUCCUUUCUUAUUCCUCAACUCUUUCUCUCCUAUGGCCCUGUCUAUCAACUAUAUACUCACAUGUUCUAGAAAGUGUUAGUAUAGACACAGGGACCUUUUUAGGGCCCUAAUAUAAUAUUGGCUGACUUUUUUUUAUAGACUUAGAUAAUAUCUUUACAGGAUCCGCAGUAAAUGGGGCUGUGACUCGUCGGGUAACAAGUGGUGCAACAGACAGAUACAACCUCAGAUAGAGUCAAGUGGAGGGUGGAGUCCGAAGAGAGUAACCACCUUUGGUUUGACUUCAAGUAACGUUGGUUAUAUUUGGUGGAUUACAAAGGUACGUGUAAACAAAGUCGAAGGUCGAUCUCAAUAAAUAAAUAAAUAAAUAAAUAAAUAAAUAAGUACUUAAAUAAAUAUAAAAAUAAGACACAAGUGGGGUAAAUGAAGACGUCAUUUCCAUAGAAUUGUGAAAACAAAAUAUAUUAAAUAAUCCACAUCCGCUUUCUGCGGUGCGAAAAAGUUCUUAUAUAAAACUAAAAAGAUAUAUUAACUAAAAAGGUAUAAAACUCCAGAUUUAUGGCUUAUUUUGUUGAGUCUGACAGGAAUUCGGGGAAAGCUUUCACCUUAAUUAUAAUUUAAUUGUAUGACAACUAUCAUUUUUCAUCAGCAAUUGCACAGCUCGGAGCAUGUUUUCUUUUAAUAAUCUUUAUUCACACAGGGCUAAGGAAGUUAUAGUGCGUGCUAACUUAGUUGUCCGGCAUAAGGGAGGUGGGACAUUUUUUUCCGAUAACACAUUUCUCGACCCACUUGGUGUGUGACGAUGUCCUUGUCAAGUCACAUAGUCACAUAAGAUCUUACGGUUAAGCGAUUAGGGAAGAUUAGCGGGAUCCCUUUAGCUUUCUUGGAAUCUGCCCAUCUACCCCUCCCCUGAGCAAACAUUUUGCUCUAAACGAGAACUAAGGAGGAAAAGAGGGAGGAGAAAAGCAUGCAAGGCCAAUAAUACCAAUGGGGAUCAGUCAAGAUACCUUCUAUGAUAAACAAGUUUUAUUUGUGAUUUUCUUAUAAUCUAGCAUAGAAAUAGUUCUAGGAUUGCGGUUCCUGGAUGGCUUCUACAAUAUUUACUUAGUCCUAUUAAUGUUUAUUGUCAUUAUCAUAACAAUUAUCAUCAUCAUUAUCAUUAUCAUAAGCAGGUCGAAUAACAUACAUGCACGAAUCAAAAGCUUUCUUACUAGGUAACUUGCUUAAGCAAGUGUCUUAAAGGAAAUUACUUGGAACUUUGUCGUCAGUUUUGCGGUUAAACGCACCUGACAAACGACUUAUGGACGAACUCAACAAAACUGACAACAAAACUUUGGCUCUGAAAAUGAAACAGUACAGAACCGGGCUGGGGUGAGGGGUGGAUUCUUUGGGUGGGCCGGGUGUGACGCUUGGAGUCGAGAAACUUUAGCCCAUAGCGCAAAUCUAGUUCUUAAGUUGCCACCCCAUACUUAACACUGAACCUGCGCUUUUUUCAAGAAACUAUUACGAGGGUGACUAUUUUUGUUGCUGUGAUACGCUGAGUUGAGAGUAGAUUCAAAUUUGUCAAUUAUAGUCAACCAAAUUGAUCCGAAUUAAACUUUCUGAAAACCAUACCCUUAACAGCAAUGGAUACAUAUGUAGGCCGUGUACGGCAGUUUCCCCUUUCCCCUGCCCCCUCCCCCCCUUCCCCGGACUAGGUAAGUCACACGUCGGUCAGUGGUUACACUCAUCUGGCCGAUUAAAUCCCACUUUGUAUGUAUUAUUAACGCAGAGGUAAUUAUUGACCCUGAGCGAGUAAUCGUAGAUUUUGAAAAAUUAUCUGACUUUGAAUUUUACCGAAUUGACCAUCUUUACGUGCAUCAAAGAGAGUUUAGAUAAAGUAAUGUUUCUAAUUAUUUAUUCUUAGAAACCCAGGGUCUAGAGAAAGUCCCAUUAGAGACAAGGAAAGCCUGGAUCUUCAAAACAUAUGAUGAGCAACUUAAAGAACUUAAGAUAAAUUGGAGCAUGUAG